UUUUUUUGGGAGGGGGUGGCUUUGCUACCUAGCACAUCGAAUCGGCUAGUGAGCUCGACCGGGUCUUUAAAGUCGUGCUCUAAUCAUUAGAACGGAUAGUUUGCCUACUGUCAUCUCGCUAACGUUCUUCCGAAAAGUGACCAAGAUGAAUAUACGAAACGCCAGACCAGACGACCUUAUGAAUAUGCAGCACUGUAACCUUCUGUGUCUGCCAGAAAACUACCAAAUGAAAUACUAUUUCUACCAUGGAUUGUCCUGGCCACAGCUCUCAUACAUCGCAGAAGAUGAAAAUGGCAAAAUUGUGGGUUACGUGCUGGCAAAGAUGGAGGAGGACCCAGAUGAUGUUCCCCAUGGACAUAUCACAUCCCUGGCGGUGAAGCGCUCCCAUCGACGUCUGGGUCUGGCUCAGAAGCUGAUGGACCAGGCCAGCCGCGCCAUGAUUGAGAACUUCAACGCCAAAUACGUCUCGCUUCACGUGCGCAAAAGCAACCGGGCAGCCCUGCAUCUGUACUCCAACACGCUCAAGUUCCAGAUCAGUGAAGUGGAACCCAAGUAUUAUGCAGAUGGGGAGGAUGCCUAUGCCAUGAAGAGGGACUUGGCCCACAUGGCAGAUGAGCUUUCAGUUUGUGACCUCAAGCUGAAGCGGACUUGGGUUCUCUGCAGCAGGAUAGCGAUCCAAAACAUACCAGCAAGUCAACUUCUGAAUGGCUUUUAAAAAAUAAAAAAUAAAUAAAAAAAUUUAAAAGCGGAGCGGCCUCGUCAAAGUCCGGACUUGACUCGAUUGAACUUCAAAAGGCCGUUCAUGCUCGAAAACCCUCCAUUUUUGCUAAAAUCAAACAAUUCUGAAAGGAAAAGUGUGGCAAAAUAUCUCCACAGAGAUGUGAAAGACUCAUUGCCAGUUCGCUUGAUUUCAGUUGUUGCUGCUGAGGAUGGCCCAACCAGUUCUUUGGUUUAGGGGGCCAGUACUUUUUCACUUAACUUUGAAUAGUUUUUUCCUUUAAUAAAUAAAAUCACCAUUUAAAAAAAUGCAGUUGUUUACUUGGGUUAUCUUUGUCUAUAUAUGUUUGUUGAUCUUAAACAUUUAAGUGGGGAAACUAUGCAAAAAAAAAAAAAGGGGGGGCCAUUUUCCGAUUUCUGUCGUUCUCCAUGAAAGCAGACAUCUUUUUGUCAAGUUGAAAUAAUGGCCUGAUUUUGAAUAAAAGAGUGGAUUUAUAGAAAUAAAUAAAAUAAUUGUUUUAAUCCAA